AAAUUGCUUAUGUCCCUUGAAGCUUUAUCCAGUUCUAUGUAAACAGGGCAGCAACAUUAGCUUCACAGUCCAACCAACCAACCAAACAAGUGUACGACGCUUUUGGAAAGAUGGGGAGCAAUGUUGAAGGAGGUAAUACCAACCAGCCUGGCCUGCUGAAGGAGUGUCACACUGCCCACGGUCCAACCUUCUCUGGACAGUACUGCCAGGUGUUCCUUAGGCAGGGAACAGUCCAGUACUUUGUGGGUAUUUGUGUUCCUGACUCCUGCGGGGAAGCAGAUGUAGAAAUGCUGGUGCUGUACGGGAACCUUCACACUGAUCAGAUGUCCCUCAUUCCUCCUUUACCUCCCAUCUUGCUCAAUCAGUCCUCUCAGGAGCUGAUCAUGACCCACUGUCUGUCCAACACCAGUUCACCUGAUGCCUCAGAUGUCACCUGCCUGUUUGUCUGCUGUGUGAUGGUUGCAAUUCCUCUUGCUGCGACCGUGUUUACAGCUAUAAUGAGGUGGCAGCGGAGCAGAGAAGUGAGUCCAACGGCAGAGUCUUCCCGUUUAAACACCGACCUUCACCUUUAUGGGACCAUGAAGACCAACGGCCCCUCCAGCAGUGAAAUAAAUAGUAACACUUUUGAAGAAAAUGGUAAUGACAGCCCCAGCGGCGCUCCACUGUGUCUCCCUCGAAGCUGCAUGUACCGCUGCCUUCAGGUGUUCGCUCUUCAAACUACCAGCCAGGGCGUCUUCAGCACCUCCUCAACCAUCCCAGGAGGAGGCUACUCCUCCCUGAAUGGAAUCCGUGUUCUCAGCCUGUUGUGGAUCAUGUGUGGACACUCGGCACAGUUCUCCGUCAUAAACAACCUGGACAACUACAAAAACUGGAGGAAAACGGUUGAGAGGAACCCUCUGUACGUGCUUACAAUGAGCGGACCUGUUUUUCUGGCUGUGGACACCUUUUUGCUUCUAGGGGGUCUGCUCAGUGCGAAGUCUCUGCUGGGCUUAAUCGACAGGGCUGAGGACAAACUGAGCCCCAGUGUGGUGGCUGACUACCUCUUCAGACGGAUUAAAAGGAUUCAACCCCUGCAUCUGUUUAUUAUGUGCCUAACCAUUGGCCUCAUCUCUCUGGUCCAGUGGGGACCCUACUGGUUCCCAUUUGUAGAUACAAUGAUGGACUGUAAGAGUUACUGGUGGGCCAAUUUACUUCUGAUUAGCAAUCUCCUCCCAGUCCACGAGAUAUGUAUUCCCUGGACAUGGUACCUGUCUCUGGACUUCCAGUGUUAUGCCACCACUCCUCUGUUGGUCUACUUUUACAGACUAAACAGAGGUGUGUUUACGGUCGUCGCUGGAGGCCUCCUGGUGAUGACCACUGUGAGCAGUGUUGUUAUAACUGCACUCCUGCAGCUGCCGGUCUUUCAGCCAUCCACACUGACAUCUGAGAAUUAUGUCUUGUAUUACUAUGUGAAACCCUACACGAGAUACGGGCCAUUUCUAAUAGGGAUCUUGACCGGAAUAUACCUGACAACGAAGAAAGAUCAGCUGUUAAAGAAAAAGUGGCAGGCAGCACUCGGAUGGUUCUGCUGCCUCUCGGUCAUGGCCGUGUUGGUUGGACUGGCCUACAUCCUCAGGGAGACUCCAGCCUCUACGUCUGUGCCGCACGCCCUCUACCAGGGGCUGCACAGACCGCUCUGGGCUCUGGCUGUGACCUGGAUCAUACUGGCCUGUGAGGAGGGUCAUGGAGGCUUUAUAAAGAGCCUCUUGUCACUGGGCUUCUGGGUUCCUCUCUCCAACAUCAGCUUCGCCUGCUACCUGACUCACCCUGUGUUCAUCCUCCUCUACGUCGGCUUGCAAGAGACCCCGAUCCACUACUCGGACAUCAACUUUAUGUACCUGUUCCUCGGCCACGUGGUGCUCACACUGGCGGUGAGCUACGUGCUAACUGUGCUGGUGGAGAAACCCUACGUCCUCCUCAAAUGGAGCAGUGCAUAGCAGAUACAAAAAGACAUCUCCAGUUAACAUCCUUAAUCUUAUAUUCUGUUUGUUUGUGCCUCCUCAGCUAUCACUGUUGUUCAAUUCUACUUUUGUAGAAAAAAAAAAACCUGUUUCUUUAAA